CUGCACGCCUGCGUAAGAAGCUCCCCCUUCACCUCCCUGCGGGCGGGCGUUGGAAACCGCUAGGCCUAGCAGUGUUUUCCAGCCUGGAGGAGGCUUCGGGUCUCCAUCCCGAGUACUUCGCCCGGGCUGGGGGGGAUGAUACAGGGGCGUGAGCGGCACAGAACACCAUGCAGGAUCCAAAUGAAGAUACAGAAUGGAAUGAAAUUUUAAGAAAUUUUGGCAUUCUUCCUCCAAAAGAAGAACCAAAAGAUGAAAUUGAAGAAAUGGUCUUACAUUUACAGAAAGAAGCAAUGGUGAAACCAUAUGAAAAGAUGACUCUUGCACAAUUGGAAGAUGCUGAAGAUGAAUUUGAUGAAGAAGAUAUGAAAGCUAUUGAAACAUAUAGAGAAAAGCGGUUAAAAGAAUGGAAAGUACUUCAGAAAAAACAAAGAUUUGGAGAAUUAAGAGAAAUUUCUGGAAAUCAGUAUGUGAAUGAAGUCACAAAUGCAGAAAAAGACACAUGGGUUAUAAUUCACUUGUACAGAUCAAGCAUCCCAAUGUGUUUGUUGGUCAAUCAGCAUCUUGGCCUCCUAGCAAGAAAGUUUCCAGCAACUAAAUUUGUUAAAGCCAUUGUGGAUAGCUGUAUUCAACACUACCAUGAUAAUUGUUUACCAACAAUUUUUGUUUAUAAGAACGGUGAGAUAGAAGGCAAAUUCAUUGGAAUUAUAGAGUGUGGAGGGAUAAGUCUCAAGCUGGAAGAACUUGAAUGGAAGCUAGCAAAAGUUGGAGCAAUACAGACUGAUUUGGAAGAAAACCCUAAAAGAAACAUUGAGGAUAUGAUGGCAUCUUCAGUUAGAAACACUUCUAUUUAUGAUAGUGAUAGUUCCAACAGUGAUAAUGAUAAUAAGUAAAAAUAUUGAAUAAAAAGCUU